AUGGCGACGACGCCGGCGGGCGAGGCUCUCCGGCGUGUGUGGUUCCAGAACCGGCGCGCCAAGUACCGCAAGCAAGAGAAGCAGCUGCAGAAGGCGUUGGCGCCGUCGGUGCUGCCGGCCUGCAACGGCGCCAUGAUGCGCAACAUCUACCCCACGGCGUCGCGCGGCUACCAGCCCUACCCACACCCGAACACCAUCAACACCAUGAACAGGUAUCCCCAGAUGACGGCCAGCUCGUACCCGGGCAUGACGCAGCCCUUCAGUAUGACGCACGGAGCCACUAACAUGACCGCGGCUGCUGUCUCAGGGAUGCGGCAGGAUGCCAUGGGCAUGACUGCCGAGGACGAGUGGUACAACAAGAGCCUCUCCGCACUGCGCAUGAACUCGACACACCACCCCAACCUGGCGGCGCCGAUGCUGCAGUACCAGACGUAA